CGUUUGCAAAUAGAUGAUGAGAAAACAUUCACACAUUAAUAAGGAAAAAGGAAGGCACAUGUGUUAUGUGCCCUGUCCAUUCUUUUGUUAGUUAGAAGACCAUUUUUUUCAUUUUGAUGGGUGGGAAUUUUUAUUGUAAAUUUCUUUGUUAAUCAAAUCAGGAGUUUGUAGCUGUAGGGGUUUCUGCGGUUAACAGAUGUGAUGUUUUCUCUUUAUGCAGUGAUGCUGAUGGGUAGCUUAGUUUAUGGUAUUAGAUACACUUUUCCAGAGUAUGUCUGCACUCUCCUGGUUGCUGGUGGUGUUUCGAUGUUUGCACUUUCAAAGACUAGCUCAAAGACAAUAAGCAAGCUGGCGCACCCAAAUGCUCCACUUGGAUAUGGGUUGUGUUUCCUUAAUCUUGCUUUUGAUGGAUUUACAAAUGCUACUCAAGAUUCAAUUACAUCAAGGUACAUCAGUCCAAAAAAACAAAAAAAUUGAUAUUGCCAAUUAUUCCUGUUGAUUCCACUGGUACUUUUCUCAUAUAUAUGUCUUGAUUUUUCUAAUAGUCUGCUAGUUAGGAAGCAAUCAUAGAAAACACACUUCAUGCACUUUUGUGUGUGUUGGGGAAGGGAGGGUCAUACUUGAGGGAAAAUAUGGUAGGAUUAUUCUCAAACUAACAAAGAGUGUUGUGUCAGAAAAAUUUCAGGAACAUAUUUAGAAAGGGUUUGGCUUUGGUCCAGUCCAAGAUUGGACUGGACAGUG